AGCCGCAGCCGCGACCACAACUACUGAGCAGCGCUAGCGAGCAGCGGGCGGCAACUCUACGGGACGCGCGACCUCGUAGCCCCGGGACUACGCUCACUUGCUAACGCUCUGCCAUGUUUAUAAUAAGAAUAUCCGCUGUAAUAUAUCAUACCUUCUUGUUUUGCAGGCGACACCACAUUUCUUAUGCACUGAAUCUUGUCAAUAAACCAUUCAAUUUUAACAAAAUUCAACAAAUUCAAUGAACUUGUGUUUGAGUGAACCUAAAACCCUGACUUUGAUACAUUACUAUCAACCAUAUACCGAAUGGGUUAUUGACAAAAUUGUUAAUAUAGUUGUGAUUUGCUUAUUGUGUUGUAUUGUUAACUACGAUUCGUCAAUAUAUGUUGCAAGAAAGUCGCUUACAGAAUGAGUGGUAUCACUUAUGUAGAAUAUAUUUUGACAACUGCGUUUCAUAUAAUUAAAAGUAUUUUCUUUUGUUUCAUCCACUGUGGAUUGGGCUCGUUGGAUGUGCUUGGCUGGAGGUGUGAGUCAGGAUGCCAUAGGAUAGGAUGUACUUGGAUCGGAUGGGAUCUUCGGGUAGGACGCGCGCACUCAUCGCACAGGAUUCUCGGAUUUUCGGAUCUUAACAACGGAUCUCGGAUUUUCGGAUCGUACCAAAGGAUCUCGGACGGCGGCGGUCUCAAGUUCUGGAACCGCGGAUUUCGCGGAUUUGACUCUGAUAUUUUUAUGUGAAAAAAAAUAAACAUUAACUUUUUGGAAUUGUGCACGGAUCACGUCGACGUGCUCGACGCUGGACCUCCGGAUCACGGAUCUUUGGGUAUGAUUUUACAAUUUUUGCCAAAUAACUUAUGUUGAGUGCACGCUCGAUACCGAGUAUUAAUGUUUGUUUUGGAUAUCCUUAACUCACACUUUAUUUGCUUCUCGAUGUCUGCGAUUUUUUUCCUAGACGUAGGAGCGCCACGGCCAUUUGAAGAAGAGAAUUUAUAUUUAGCUUUGCUCAUUUAGUGUUAGCCCUAACAAAUCGAUGUCAUAAAAUAGCAUGCUUAUUGAGCUUUCAUAAAACUUGUCGAUUACGUCGGUAGAUGGCGGGAGUGAAAGAGCGAGUGCAUGAGUCAGUGUGCCGGUUCAUUAUAUUUUUAUUUUACGUGUGACUGUUGCGAGGGAUACAAAGUUUAUGUUACAGAUGAGACAUUAGAAUAAAUUGUACAAUACAAAAAAUUUUAAAUCACAAAUUGUAACAUAUUGAAUUGUAAUAAAUACAAAUACGACAGAUCGUGUCGGCUAUUUGACGAUAUCAUAGUUUUAAUGUGUGAAAUGUAAUUUAGGUACUGGAUCUGCAUUCCAAAGACCAACACAGUUUGAUGAACGCAAUAAAUAAAUACCUUUC